CCUAACCCUCCCAAAACCUGUCUUUUCUCGUCUCUCAUCAGAUUUCAGCAGCUUCGUUCUAGUGCGAGGGGAGCUCGCAAGAAACCCUACCUUUCGUUACAAUGUUCUGUUCAAUCUCCGGCGUAGUGCCGGAAGAGCCGGUGGUUUCUAAGAAAUCCGGACUGCUCUUUGAGAGGAGAUUGAUUGAACGACAUAUAUCGGAUUACGGGAAAUGCCCUGUGACUCAAGAGCCACUCACUAUGGAUGACAUUGUCUUAGUGAAAACAAGUGAGAUAGUGAAGCCCAGAUCGUCACAGGCAGCUAGUAUACCAGGAUUGCUAGGAAUUUUCCAGAAUGAGUGGGAUGGCUUGAUGUUAUCCACUUUUGCAUUAGAGCAGCAGCUUCAUAUGGCAAGGCAAGAGCUAAGUCAUGCUCUGUACCAGCACGAUGCUGCUUGCCGUGUUAUAGCAAGACUGAAGAAAGAAAGGGAUGAAGCAAGAUUGUUAUUGUCUCAGGCAGAAAGACAGAUUCCUAUGUCAGCAUCUGCUGUUGCCGCAGCAAAUGCUUCGGCUCUUAGCAACGGGAAAAGAGCUGCUGAAGAUGAGGAGCUCGGCCCUGGCGGAAAGAAAAUUCGUCCAGGUAUUUCUGCUGAUAUCAUUGUGGAGUUGACCGACUGCAACAGUAAACUCUCACAAGAGCGGAAAAAGCGGCAGAUUCCUCCGACAUUAGCACCCGUUGAUGCACUGGAGAGGUACACCCAGCUCUCCAGUCAUCCUCUUCACAAAACUAACAAGCCGGGUAUAUUAUCUGUUGAUAUUCAUCCCUCUAAGGACGUUAUUGCGACCGGAGGUGUUGACACAAGUGCAGUUAUAUUUGACCAUCCAUCUGGUCAGAUAUUGUCCACACUCAGUGGCCAUUCGAAGAAGGUUACCAGUGUCAAGUUUGUACCUCGGGACGAACUAUUUAUUACUGGUUCAGCUGAUAAAACGGUUCGGGUAUGGCAAGGAUCCGAAAAUGGAAACUAUGAUUGUCGGCACAUAUUGAAGGAUCAUACAGCAGAGGUGCAAGCUAUCACAAUCCAUGCCACCCAUAAUUACUGUGUGACUGCUUCUCUCGAUAAUACAUGGUGCUUUUAUGAUCUUUCUUCUGGAUUAUGCCUCACUCAGGUUGGGGAUGCUUCAGGGUCAGAGGGCGGCUAUACAUCAGCUGCCUUUCAUCCCGAUGGUCUUAUCCUUGGGACUGGAACUUCGGAUUCACUUGUUCGAAUUUGGGAUGUAAAAAGUCAGUCAAAUGUUGCAAAGUUUGAUGGGCAUAUUGGGCCAGUAACUGCCAUGUCUUUCUCUGAAAAUGGCUACUUCUUGGCGACAUCAGCUCAUGAUGGUGUCAAGCUUUGGGAUCUACGUAAAUUGAAAAAUUUCCGGACCUUCACUCCCUAUGAUUCUGUUACACCAACAAGCUCUGUGGAAUUCGACCAUAGUGGAUGUUACCUCGCAAUUGCUGGUUCAGAUAUAAGAGUAUACCAAGUUGCAAGUGUCAAAGCGGAAUGGAAUUGCAUCAAAACAUUCCCAGAUUUGUCUGGCACAGGGAAAGCAACUUGUGUUAAAUUUGGUUCAGAUGCAAAAUAUAUGGCAGUGGGAUCUAUGGACCGGAACCUCCGAAUCUUUGGCUUGCCUGGGGAUGGUGCAGAAGAGUCUUAAUGCUACCUCAGUCCCCCUGCUUACAGAGUACAGCUCCUAUCGUUCCCUCAGCCGCUGUAGAUCUUUGCAUUUUUCGGUCAGCAAAAGUGGAUGAAAAUUUAGGCAUG